UUAAUUGUUUUUAUUAUAAAAAUUCUAUUAUAGUUACCAAGAUAAACAUUUCAAACUAAUUGAAUUAUGACGUCAAAUUAUAUUGAUCACCUCAAUUAAAACCAACCUUUCUAGUCACUUAAGAGAAAAACGAAAAACAUGUACUCGUCAUUUCUUUUUUGAUAUUUUUGUUUUUAUUUGAAAUUACAUUGACUGGUUUAAAGAAAAAAAAUCUAUUAAAUACAAAUCCAUACUCCCGUUAUGAAAAAAAUUUCGAUUUUAUAAUUCAAAAAAAGGUUACAGGUAGGAGAAAUUUACGUUGAAGAAAAACAAUAAAAGAAAGGCAGUGGACCAGUAUCUGUUGCAGCUUUUUUUUUCUUAUAAGAAGUCUGUAUUUCUUUCUUUUAUAUUGUCAAUGUUACCUCAGAAGAAUAGUUAACUUUCCAUGGAUUCUGAAAUCAGGGUGAACAAAGAUAUGGGAAAAGCAGUAAUGCUACAAUGGGUUAUUGGACUUUUGGCUCUUUUGGGUGUGUCCCAAGUGGAUGCUGAAGACCCAUAUUUUUAUUACACUUGGACAGUUACUUAUGGCACUCGUUCUAUUCUUGGAGUUCCCCAGCAGGUUAUUCUCAUCAAUGAUCAGUUUCCAGGACCAAAACUUGAAGUGGUGACUAAUAACAACAUUGUCUUGAAUCUCAUUAAUAAGCUUGACCAGCCUUUCUUGUUGACAUGGAAUGGCAUUAAGCAACGGAAGAACUCAUGGCAGGAUGGAGUGUUGGGAACCAAUUGCCCUAUCCCUCCAAACUCAAACUAUACCUACAAGUUCCAGGCCAAGGAUCAAAUUGGGUCUUAUACAUAUUUCCCUUCAACUCUAUUGCAUAAAGCUGCUGGAGGAUUUGGAGCACUCAAUAUAUACCAUAGAAGUGUGAUCCCAAUCCCUUACGGAUACCCUGAUGGAGACUUCACUUUACUUAUUGGUGACUGGUACAAAACCAGCCAUAAGACAUUGCAGCAAUCUUUGGACUCAGGAAAGCCUCUGCCCUUUCCUGAUGGAGUCCUUAUAAAUGGACAGACUCAAAGUACCUUUAGUGGUGAACAAGGCAAAACAUACAUGUUUAGGAUCUCAAAUGUCGGAUUAUCCACCUCAUUCAACUUCAGGAUUCAGGGUCAUACAAUGAAGUUAGUUGAGGUUGAAGGAUCUCAUGUGGUUCAGAACUUAUAUGAUUCUCUUGAUGUUCAUGUCGGCCAAUCUUUAGCUGUCUUAGUAACGUUGAAUCAGCCACCAAAGGAUUACUACAUUGCUGCAUCAACAAGAUUUUCGAGGACCGUUCUCACUGCAACUGCAAUGUUGCACUACGCAAACUCACAAACUCCGGUUUCUGGACCCCUGCCUGCAGCUCCUGCAUUCCAAUUUCAUUGGUCAAUGCAGCAGGCAAGGACAUAUAGGUGGAAUUUGACAUCUAAUGCAGCCAGGCCUAAUCCCCAGGGUUCAUUCCAUUAUGGGAAGAUAACAACAACCAAGACCAUUGUUUUGGCCAACUCGGCAUCUUUUAUAAAUGGAAAGCUGCGUUACACCGUGAAUGGUGUCUCCUAUGUGAAUUCGGAUACCCCUCCGAAACUUGCGGAUUAUUUUAACAUUCCUGGUGUUUUCACCAUGGAUUCCAUCCAAGGCCUUCCUUCAGGUGGUGCCGCAACUGUAGCUACCUCCGUUAUGCCAGCUUCUCUCCAUGAUUUUCUUGAAGUCGUCUUUCAGAACAACGAAAACACCCUGCAAUCCUGGCAUCUUGAUGGUUAUGAUUUUUGGGUUGUUGGUUUCGGCUCCGGACGGUGGAAUCCACAUAAACGAAAAACUUACAAUCUAGUCGAUGCUCUUACGAGACACACUACCCAGGUUUAUCCAAAUUCUUGGACAGCCGUAUUGAUCUCCAUGGACAACCAAGGUAUGUGGAACCUGAGGUCUGCAGCAUGGGGAAGACAAUAUCUUGGGCAACAAUUUUACUUGAGAGUCUUUGAUCCUGUUCGAAGUCUCACCAACGAAUACGGUAUUCCCUCUAAUGUCUUACUUUGCGGCAAAGCUGUUGGGUUUCACCCUUAGUAUGGGUUAAAUCCAUGGACGUAUCGGUUCCAGUUCACGAGCGUUUGGUUGCCGAGAAACUAGAGGAGAAAAAAUAGUGGAUUGAAAUGUUGUUUUUUACUUUUGCAUUUGUGUAUGUUAGAAAACAUCAGAUUAUAUAUCUAUUCCGUUUGUUUUCUGUAUUAGCUGCAAGGGCUUGAAAGAAAUAUCAAAUCAUGGUAUCAAGAAUAUAUCUAUAGUUAAAA